AUGGUUCGAGGCGAUCCAGUUUGCUUGAAGGAGGACUGUUCUCAGUACGAUAUUGGCUUGGUUUUCAAGGAAAUCAGCUCAUAUUCAGACCAGAACAAGCUCAAGUUCAUAGAGAAUGUGUGGAAACCAGGUGAGCUAUUUGACUUUCCAGCGUCCGUAGAAUGUUCGAAUUCUAACCGUCAUUUUGUGUGGAGCUGGCUGAAAAGAUUUCCCUGGCUAGCAUACUCUAAAUAUCUCGAUGGCGUAUUUUGUUUACCGUGUGUUUUGUUUGGAGUCCAGUGUGGGCGAAAUGCAAAUAAACUAGACAAAUUGUACAAGUCUCCACUCACACUUUGGACGUCCGCCGUUUCACGUUUUACCAAACACUCGAGCGGAAAAUGUGAGAUGCAUAAUUUUGCAGUGAUUGCCAUGGAGAAUUUUUUGAAAAACAUUAGAAGAGAAGCGGUUCCAAUCAAUCAGGAGAUCAACAACUUACUUCAACAGCAAAUCAAUAGAAAUCGCGAAAUUCUUAAAUCCCUUUUCAAAACAAUAAUUUUCUGCGGAAAAAACAACGUAGCCCUCAGAGGUAGACGAGAUGAUGAUCCAGGCAAUGCCAAUCUUUGCGGUAAUUUCCAGGCACUGUUAGAAUUUCGAAUGGAAAGCGGCGACCAAACACUGCAACAUCACCUGGAAACUGCACCCAGAAAUGCGACAUAUAUUUCUAAAACAAUUCAAAAUGAAAUGAUUGCAACUGUGGGUGCUAUCAUUGUGAAUAAUUUGUCACAGGAAAUUAGGGAUAGCAAAUAUUUCAGUAUUAUGUCUGACGAAGCAGCUGACAUAUCAAAUAAAGAAAAUCUUUCUGUGGUGAUCAGAUUUCUUGAUUCGACCAAAACAGUCAGAGAAGAAUUUGUGGGAUUCUACCUUUGUGAGGAUGGAACAACAGGAGCAGCUAUCAAAGAUUUGAUAAUUAGUGCUGUAACUGAUUUAGGACUAUCUAUGAAUGACUGUCGUGGCCAAUGCUAUGAUGGUGCUGGCAAUAUGUCUGGGCGCUUGAAUGGAGCUUCAUCACUUAUUAGGGCUCAACAUGACAAGGCUAUAUAUGUUCACUGUAUGAACCAUAGGCUUAACUUGUGUGUUGCUGACACAUGCCAAUUACCACUUGUUAGAAACAUGAUGGAUGUUGUAAGAAAAAUCUCUGAAUUUUUUGACAAUUCCCCCAUGCGACAGCAGCAUUUGAUCAGCAAGAUUGGAGCACUGAUUCCUGCUGCCAACCACUUUGUUUUGGUAAAUGUGUGUAAAACAAGGUGGAUCGAGCGCAUUGAUGGUAUGGACCGAAUCGUGGAGCUUCUUCAUCCAGUUGUGGCUACCCUUGAAGACAUUUCCAUGAACAGAAAUGCUCCUGGGUGUGGGAACUGGAAUCAUAACAGCAGAAAUGAUGCGCAAGCCCUAAUUAAUGCAAUCACAUUUCCCUUUAUUGUUACCCUUGUUAUUGUGAGACACAUUUUAGACUUAACCAGACCACUCACUGUUAGGCUGCAAAAGAAAGCAAUGGAUCUUCUUAAAGCAAAAGAGGAAAUUGUUCUGUUGAAGUCAGUCCUAAGGGACAUGCAAACUGACAUUGAUACUAGACACCAUGCUCUCUAUGAAGAAGCUGUUACUCUAGCAAGACUUGUUUCAGUGCAGCCAAGCAUGCCCAGGAUAAAUCAAAGGCAAGUUCAUAGAAACAAUGCGCCAGCCCCAACCCCAGAAUACUAUUACAGGAUCAAUCUGACAACAGACUUCCUUAACCAUGCUCUCAUGCAACUGAACAGCAGAUUUGAAGAUGAUGUUUUUGUGUGCUAUAAAGGAUUUUCAGUGAUUCCUUCUAUUUUGUUGGCUACUGACCCCAUUUGGAAGGAUAAUGUUAGAGAAUUUUGUAACCAUUACAGACAAGAUCUUCCUAAUUAUGCAGGUUUAGCAGCAGAGCUUAUGUUGUGGGAAAGAAUGUGGAAGAGCAAAAAUGAUAGAAGAGAAGAGAUCCCUGACAGUAUAGCUACCACCCUAGAACAAAUUGACAAGGGUGCUUAUGUGAAUGUGUAUACAAUACUUCAAAUCCUGAUAACCAUUCCUAUUUCAUCUGCAUCUUGUGAAAGAUCCAUCUCAACCCUCCGAAAUCUGAAGACCUAUUUGAGAAAUGCAAUGGUCCAGGAUAGACUGAAUGGCUUGGCAUUGAUGUAUACCCACAGAGAAAUGAAAUUAGACCUUGAACAAAUUAUAGAUUUAUUUGCUAAUUUACAUCCUAGACGAAUGAGAAUGGAAAAUAUUUUAAAUGAAUAA